UGCGGUCUCCAAACCGGAAACCCUCAAUGCCCUGGCUGCAUUUGGAAAUUCUUUCCAUAAAAGUUAUGAACAGAAUCCGUGACAAAGGGCAGCCCUGGUGGAGUCCAACCCGCACCGGAAACUAGUCCGCCUUACUGCCAACAAUGCAGACCAAGCUCUGACACCGGUCGUACAGGGUUCGAACAGCACUCAUAAGGAAGCGCGGCACCCUAUAUUCCCGUAGCAGUCUCCAGAGGACUCCCCGAGGGACACGGUCAAAUGCCUUCUCCAAGUCCACAAAGCACAUGUAGACUGGUUGGAGAAACUCCCAUAUCCCCUCCAGGACCCUGCUGAGAGUAUAGAGCUGGUCUACUGUUCCACAGCCAGGACGAAAACCACACUGUUCCUCCUGAAUCCGAGGUUCGACUAUCCAGCGGACCCUCCUCUAUAGGACCCUUGAAUAGACCUUACCAGGGAGGCUGAGGAGUGUGAUCCCCCUAUAGUUGGAGCACACCCUCCGGUCCCUUUUCUUAAAGAGGGGGACCACCAACCUAGUCUUCCAAUCUAGAGGCACUGCCCCCGAUGUCCACAUGAUGCUGCAGAUGCAUGUCAACCAGGACAGCCCUACAACAUCCAGAGAAUUGAAGAACUCCAGGCGGAUCUCAUCCACCCCCGGAGCCUGUCCAUCGAGGAGCUUUUUAAGCACCUCAACGACCUCCACCUCAGAGAUAUGGGAGUCCACGCCCAAGUCCUCAUUGGAUGGUGUGUCAGUGGGAUUGAGGAGGUCUUCGAAGUAUUCCCUUCACUGACCCACAACGUCCUGAGUUGAGGUCAGCAGCACCUCAUCCCCACCAUAAACAGUGUUGAUGCUACAACGCUUUCGUGCCCUGAGCCGCCAGAUGGUGGACCAGAAUCUCCUUGAAGCCAUCCGGAAGUUGUUCUCCAUGGCCUAGCCAAACUCCUCCCACACAUGAGAUUUUACCUCAGCAACCGCCGUGUUCGCUUGGCCCAUCGGUACUCAUCAGCUGUCUCUGGAGUCCAACAGGUCAAAAAAGUCCGAUAGUACUCCUCCUUCAGCUUGACGGCAUCCUUCACCGCUGGUGUCCACCAGCGAGUUCGGGGAUUGCCGCCGCAACAAGCACCGACCACCUUAUGGACACAGCUCCAAUCAGCUGCUUCCACGAUGAAGGCCGGAACAUGGCCCAUGUCCCCCACCUUCCCCAGGACAUGGGCAAAGUACUGCCGGAGGUAGGAGUUGAAACUCUUUCUGACAGGGGAUUCCGCCAGAUGUUCCCAGUAGACCCUCACUAUACGCCUGGGCCUGCCAGGCCUGAUCGGCUUCCUUCCCCACCAGCGAAGCAAACCCCCCACCAGGUGGUGAUUGGUUGACAGCUCCGCCCCUCUCGUCAUCCGAGUGUCCAAUACAUGUGGCCGCAAGUCCGAUGACACGACCACCAAGUCGAUCAUUAAACUGUGGCCUAGGGUGUCCUGGUGCCAAGUGCUUAAACAUGGUCUUCAGAAAUCCAAUAACAAAACACUACUCGGGUUCAGAUCGGGGGCCCGUAUCUCCCAAUCACGCAACUCCAGGUCUCACUGUCAUUACCCACACGAGCAUUGAAGUCCCCCAGUAGAAGAUGACAGUCUCCAGGAGGAGCGCUUCCCAACAACCCUUCCAAGGUCUCCAAGAAGGGUGGGUAUUCUGAACUGCCAUUUGGCGCAUAAGCACAAACAACAGUCAGGAGCCGCCCCCCCACCUGAAGACAAAGGGAAGCUACCCUCUCGUCCACCAUGGUAAACUGCAAUGUACAGGUGCCCAGCCAAUAAGUAUGCCCACCCCUGCUCGGCGCCUCUCCCCGUGAGCAACUCCAGAGUGGAAGAGGGUUCAGCCCCCCUCAAGGAGACUGGUUUCAAUGCCCAAGUUGUGCAUCAAGACUCCUGCCAGCUGACGCUGGACCCCAACACAGCAAACAGACUCCUGUCUCUGUCAGAGGGAAACAGGAAGGUGACAUGGGGGGCAAAGCAGCCAUAUCCUGAUCAUCCAGAGAGAUUUGACAGUUGGUACCAGGUUCUGUGCAGAGAGAGUCUGACUGGUCGCUGUUACUGGGAGGCUGAGUGGAGAGGAGAUGGAGCUGAAAUAGGAGUAACUUAUAAAGGAAUCGGGAGGAAAGGAGAGAGUGAUGACUGUCUGCUUGGAGCCAAUGACAAGUCAUGGAUGCUGCGCUGCUCUACUCACAGAUAUUCUGUCCGUCACAAUAAUAAACGGACUAUCAUACCCAUAGAGGCCUCAAACUCCCGCAGAGUAGGAGUGUAUCUGGACCGGGCGGCUGGUACUCUGUCCUUCUACAGAGUCUCCUUUGAUGGACUGACCCUCCUGUACAGCUUCACCUCCUCAUUCACUGAACCCCUCUGCCCAGGGUUUUGGGUUUAUACAAACUCCUCCGUGUCGCUGUGCAUGCUGGGAUAGCUCACUGUGUGCUGGAGGAAUCAUUUUUACCUUAGAGUGUCACAUGUCACUGCUUCUCCGUGGUAAAAAGGUAAAAUCUCUGCUUUUUAACCAGUAUAACCCUUUUUAUGCAGGUGUUUCUGAAGUGUGACGUAUGUUAGACAAAAAUAAAUGACUGGGUUCAGCAAGCUUUUCCCCUCCAUUUAUAUGACCAUAUAAAUGUUUCUGUCUAUAUAUUGUAUCUGAUACCUGUAUACUGAUAAUAAAGGCUUUCUGUUCUACCUAA